ACAGUCGUCAGUUGUGCUUUAAGCUUGAGAUACAUAGAUACAUUUUGUAUCUACGCUUGUGCAGUGUGAGCAACCAAUUAAAUUAAAGCCGACGAUACAAAACUUACCAUUGUGCUCCAAAAUGAGGCAUAAUACAUCGCUGUUGUUGAUCUGCACUGUUGCUGCACUUCUCGGCCUUGCCACGGCGACAGAUGUGAAGCCAUGUCCCAAAUCCAAGUCACGUGCGCUGACUUCCGAUGAAGUGACGAUUUCCAACUGCCCCAAGAAUAAAUGCAUUUUGAAGCGCAACACGGAGGCAAGCAUUACAAUGAAGUUGAAGCCGGAGCGCGACUUUACGGAACUCACGUCAGACAUACAGGGUAUCAUAUUGGAUGUGCCGUUGCCAUUCCCAGGGUAUUAUGGCACCAGCGCCUGUCCCCAUAUCUAUGAUGCGACCGGUGAGAAAAAGGUCGGUUGCCCCCUUAAGGCCGGCGAGACAUACACCUACAAGAAUAGCUUCAAGAUACUGCCAGUCUAUCCGACUGUGAGUCUGGAGAUACAUUGGGGACUCGGCGAUAAACAGGGCGAUGCUGCCUGUUUCCAAAUACCUGCCAAAAUUAAGGCCUAAAUAAGUCAAAACGAGUCGUAUUUUGAGUCGCGUCGUAAGGUUAUAAGUUUUAUUUGUUAUUAUUAAAGUAGAUAAGAGUAACGAUUAGUUAAGUUAAUAUAGAAUUGUUUAAACAACUGUGGUCAAUAUUGCGGCAUCCAGCCAGUGACGCAAUAUUGUGCUUGCAACAUAUAUGAAUAAUGCAUAUAUAUAAUGUGUGGUUAAUAAUUGCACAAUUAAAUAUUAAACAU